AAGCCGGCGGGGAGGCAGGAUGCAGCCGUGCGGAGGCGCCGCGGCGGGACGCCGAGCCUUCGACCGCAUCUGCCCCAACAGGAUGCUGGAGCUGGGGGGCCGGCCUUUCGUCAAGCCCGGGAAGCUAGAGAGGAAGUUCGCCCCUCCGCGGAAGUUCUUUCCUGGUUGCAGCGGCAGCAGCCCAGUGGCGAUAUACGAAGAUCCCCGGGACGCGGAGACCGCGGCGCUGCCAGCCCUCACCACCAUAGACCUGCAGGACCUCGCCGACUGCUCCUCGCUACUCGGGUCCGACGCGCCGCCUAGUGGUGACUUGACCGAUUCGCAGAACCAUUCUCUGCAGACGGCAGCGGACUUCGAUCUGCAGGAUUUCAGAGACACAGUGGACAGUCUCAUUGCAGACUCAUCCUCUUUGAUGUCGCCUCCUCUGGCCGGUGGAGACUUCCCCUUCUCUCCUUGCGACGUAUUGCCAUUUGGGCCCUGUCUCUCUCCGCCGCUGGACCCAAGGGCCCUGCAGUCACCGCCGCUGCGCCCUCCGGACGUGCCCCCGCCUGAGCAGUACUGGAAGGAGGUGGCCGACCAGAACCAGAGGGCAUUGGGGGACGCACUCGUUGAGAAUAACCAACUGCACGUGACACUGACCCAGAAACAGGAGGAGAUCGCCUCGCUCAAAGAGCGGAACGUGCAACUGAAGGAACUUGCCAGUCGGACCCGGCACCUGGCCUCGGUGCUGGAUAAGCUGAUGAUCACGCAGUCCCGGGAUCACGGAACGACAGCCGAGCCCUUCCUGCUCAAGGCGACAGCCAAAAGGAGCCUGGAGGAGUUGUUCAGUGCUACCGGGCAGGAUUGCGCGGAAGUGGACGCCAUCCUGAGGGAGAUUUCCGAGCGCUGCGAUGAAGCGCUGCAGAGCCGCGACCCCAAGCGCCUCCGGCUACAGCCGGAGCCCGCGAAGAGCGAAGGCAAGCCGGAGCACCUGCACGGCAGCUUCCGGGGGCUGCGCACAGACUGCAGCCGGAGCGCGCUCAACUUGAGCCACAGUGAGUUGGAAGAAGGCGGCUCCUUCAGCACUCCCAUCCGCAGCCACAGCACCAUCCGCACCCUCGCUUUCCCCCAGGGCAAUGCCUUCACCAUUCGGACAGCCAACGGGGGUUACAAAUUCCGCUGGGUCCCCAGUUGAGCUGGGUGUGGUGGCCCCAAACACUGCCCUGUAUCCGAACUGAAGCGCCUGGAGGCCAAGUGGGAGUAGCUGCAACGUUUUCCUGAACCUGGCUUCUCAGAAGAGCUCCCCCUGCUGGGCGAACGCCACUCUGAAACUUUUCAGGAACCAAAAAAAGGUCUAGAUAAUGAUGUACUUGUGAAGUCCUGGUAUAAAAUACUGUAUAUUCCUUCCCCUUUCACUGUGUGUGUGUGUGUGUGUGUGUGUGUGUGUGUGUGUGUGUGUAAACACACAUAAUCUCAAACAAUUUUCAAGGUUAUUUUUAAGAGCUUUGAAUGAUAAGACUUUUAGAACGAGAAGGACUUAGAAUGUACUUAGCUAUUUUAUAAUUAUACAAUCCCCUACUUUUAUAAGAAGGAAAAGUAGGCUCGAAGAGAUUAAGUAAUUUUCCAUAAGCAGCAGCAUUUAUUGGGAAUUUCCAGUCUUUCUCACUAGUUAUUUAAAGAUCGUAGGUCCAGAAGCCAGGUUUCUGAGUGAAUGCUUCAUUACAUCACGGAACUUUCUCUGGUCCUAAGGACCCUUAAUUAUCUUACUUUUGAAAACUUUUAUUCUGGCUGGAAGAAUAAAAAGUUAGGAGAGAAGCCAAAAUACUUGCUUUCGGGCAACAAAGUAAGAGAAAAAUGUAGAUGCUCAGAGGAAAUGGGCUAUCUACAAAAUAGGUACUAAAUACAUUUGUUUGUAAUGAUCAUUCAUAUAAUUUUGUAAGAUUUAUGGCAUACAUUUAUAUUAAUUAUAGUUUAUAUGUCUGAACAGAAGAAUCACACAGAAAGCAAACUUGGUUGAUAAAAAAUAUGUUUUAAGAAAAUGGCAUGUUUCACAUGAAAACGAAUAUAUAUUUUUAUGUGUAUGUGUGUGUGUGCGCAUGCGUGCGUGUCUGUGCUUCCGAGCAUGUGCAGGUGCACAUGCACAUGUACCAGAAACAAAGUGUGGAAAUCUUGGUAAACCUAUUUGAAUUCCAUAGAUAAAACUGUGGUGCACAUUCAUGCCAUGUAUUUCUACGGCUGAUCUUCUAAGUAAAACUUACACAUUAUUUAGUGCCUUCACUUUGACUUUUUUUCUCUUUCCUUUUGUGUGUGUGUGUGUGUGUGUGUGUGUGUGUGUGUGUUUUCUAGUCUAUUGUGAAAUUAUGUGACUGGCAUAUAUAUGUCAAAUAGUGAUUUUUCCCAACCUUCCCAGUUCUCAACACAAGAGUUAUUUCUUUCUGUGUCCUCAGCGCGGGCAAGUUGCCAAGCCUGUUACCUCACAUCCCUCGUUCUGCCAUCUAAGUGGUGAUAUCAGGUAACAGCGGAGCUGGGUAGGGUGGCAGAACCCGCUCCUCCAGUUUGUCCUAUGUACUGUUAUCUGUAUUUAGGAGAAAAAAAAGUGAUAAAAUAGACCACAUUUCCUCAUAUUUUGUCUAACAAAUGGACUAAAAGUACACUGAACAGUUGAAAAUUAUUUUCAUCAGCUUAUAUAUAAAAUUACUGAAGUUCAGGUUCAAAAAAACCAAAAACAACAAACAAACAAAGACCCUUAACUUGUCCUGAGAAACGAUCCACAGAAAGAGACUGACAAAUGACAAGCAGGCAGCCCCUCUCCUUUUUUCCCAAUACACGGACGACGGAGACUUUUUGGGUUAGGGUUGAAAGUCAAGGGGUUGGUGCCUGAGGGAUAUAACUCUUCAUUAAUCUCAAAGCUGUGGGGGAAACCAACAGUAGUUUCUACUUACACGGAAGGCAGUAACUCCUGCAGUAUAAGCUCUUCUAAAAAUAUACUUACAAGAGGUGUGCCUGGGUGGCUCAGUUAGGUGUCUGCCUUUCGAUCAGGUCAUGAUCCCAGGGUUCUGGGAUUGAGCCC